UAUAGUAACUUCAUUACAUUUAAUAGGGACACGUCAGAUAAUGAACAGGGGCAGGAAUCUGUGGUUGCUCAUGGCAUACAGGAAUCAGUUACAUCCCAGCUUCACUCUUUUCCUAGCUCACCUCAAAGCUUAGACUCCACUAUUGCUAAAAAUUCAGAAGAAGAAAAGCAUGACAGGUUUGAAGAAUCUCAAUCUUUCCUCUCAUUUAGUCAUUUUACAAACAUACUGAGCUUUCACAGUUUAACAACCAAAGUAAAGGAAUUUGUGCAAAAUGCACAGGAAGAUUUGAACUUUAGUGGAGAACUCACCCAAUCUGAAAAUAAUGAUGAAAUAUUACAAGGAAGUAAAGAAACUGUAGUGAAAUUACAAGCAAAUCAGAGGGUUAGUGAGACUGUGCGAGAGAAGGGAGAUGUGGCAAUGUCCCAAGAAAGUGUUCUGUUGUCUCCAUUAGCAGUGCAAGGUAAUGAACAAAGUAGUGAAAAAACUAUACAAGAUGCCAGAUUAGUAAUAUAUAACAAUACUUCACCCCUUUUAUCUGUAGAAUCCCAAUUAGAAUCUAAAAUCUCCCAAGGUCAACAUUCACAAAUAUCUAGAUAUUCAAACCCUGAGGAACCCGUUUCUGAGGGUAGUGAAAGACAGGAAUUUUCUAAUAUAAAAGAUAACAGUGAUGUCCCUAUCUCCAAAGACCAGCAGCAUGCAUCUUCAGAUUUAAAGUUAGAAAAUACAAUAGAUUCACCAGUACAACAUGAAUAUAUAAGUGAAGAUUUUUAUUCUAGUGAACAGCGUGUGUUAUCAAAAGAGGAACCAAUUGAACAUAAAGAGGACAGAACAGAUAAGAAUGAAGAAAUGCAUACUUUAAACCUACAGGAAACUGAAACUUACAUAGAGAGGAAAUCACAAAGAGAAAUAGCUGAAAUGAUGCAAGAUGAAGGACAAAAUAAUCUGAAAACGCAUAAACAAGAAUCAGUAGAUUCAGAAUUUGACACACCAAGUUCUGGGGAGUUGCCAGCAAAUUUAGAUAGUCUUCUGAACUUCAAGAAAAUCCUAAAUGAAGCUGAGUCACCUUUUACUCAAGGAAUAUCAGACAAAACCAAACUAACUGAGCUUUACAGUACAGAACAAAAUUCAGCAGCAGAAAGUCAAGUAAUAGAAAACACUGAAGUAAAAGAGAUAACAGAGGAAUCAGAGAGCAAAAAUGACCAGGCAGGUUGGUAUGAAAAUAUCUCUGGCAACAUAGAUUUUAAUAUGGACAUAUCAGAUGAUCAAAAGGAGCAGGAAUCUGUAGUUUCUCAAGACACACGGGAAUCAGUUGUAGCCCAGCUUUUAUCUUCUUCCAGUUUAUCUGAGGACUUAGACACAGCUGAUAAUUCAGAGAAAGACAAGCAAAAUCAGUUUGAAGAACCACAGUCUGUCUUUUCUUUUAGUCAUUAUAAAAACAUACUGAGCUUCCAAUGUUUUGCAACCAAAGAUGAGCAUUCUCUGCAAAGGCUACGAGAGACUCUGAGCUUCAAUGAUGAAAAUGGCCAGACUACAAAUGGCAAAGAAAUUGAACUGAAAGGCCAAACAAAUCAGAAGAUUAAUGAACAAGUACUAGAGAAGAGUGAUGUAGACAUUUUCAAAGAAAGUGUUCUAUUUUCUCCGUUGACAGUGCAAAAUAUUGAACAAGAUAGUGAAAACACAGUGAAAGAUACUAAAUUAGUAAAAGAUAGCUCACAUCUUUCAUUUACAGAAUCCCAGUUAGAACACAGAAUAGACCCUUUAUUUACAUAUCCAAAAUGCAAGGAACACAAUUCUAAAAGAAAUGAAAGAGAGGAAUUUUCUAAUAUAAAAGAGAAAAGUGAAAUUUCUAUUUUAGAAGAUGAGCAGCAGGUAUCUUUAGAAACAAAAAUAAAUAUAAGAGAUUUACCAGAACAACAUGGAUACUUCUGUGAAGAUUCUUAUUCUAGUCAACAAAAUAUUAUUAAAAAGGGAGUAAGGCAGGGUUACUUAGCUGAAAAUUUUUCAGAGGAUAAUGGUCAUGAACUUGGCAUUGAUCACAUUGCUGACACAAAGAAAAUUCAAGUUUCAGACCAGUUAUCUUCUCUGGAUUUUGAUGAAUCAGUAUCAAAACACCAUGUAAAUAAUGAAGUACAGGCACAACAUAUUACUUUGGAUUCUGAAGAAGAAAGAGAACUCUCUGAUGGGGAAUAUACUGAAAAUUCUUCAGACAAAGGUUUGCGUGAUGUCUCACAAGAUUCCAUAAAAGAUCAUUUUUCCAGCUCAAAUGUUGAUGAUGUUGUGUUAGACAAAAUUGUAGUGAAUAGCAAAGACAUGAGUCAUUUUUCCCAAGACAGAAUAAAACAGCCAGAGAAUUUUUCACAACAUGUUUCAGAGUGUGGUGAAAAUAACCUAGAACACAGUGAGCAAAUGAUAAAAAAUUAUGAGCAAAAUAAACCCCAAAAUGAAAAGAGAGCAAAUAUUUUGGCUAACCAAGAAACAUCUUCAGUAGCUACAUCUGAGGAAAUAAUACAAAGUGAGAGUAUAAUUCUUGAGCAAGACAGUCACACAUUAAAUUAUUUACUGUAUGGUUUGCAAAACAAAGGCAAUGAAGUUCCACAGUCUUCUAUACCAUUUCCACAGGAGCAAAUAGAUGACGAAUACAAUAAAAGAGAACAUAUUUCAAAUCCGUCUGAACAGCAUUCUGAUAAUAUUAGAAUUAGUGAUGAUUCAUUAACAGUAAAUGUUCUUGGUGAACAAGUCCUACAAGAACAAAUUAUAGCACCUGAAGCUAGUGCUGAUACUUUUUCUGAAGAGGAGCUUCAAUCUCAACAAAUUUCCAUGAAUAUACCACACCAUAAGAAAGAGCCACUAGAUAUAGAACUGGAUGAUUCAUCUUCCCAACAUGAGCCUCUGAUAUCAGAAUGUGGGACUGGGGAUAAUAGUAAUUCAGAUCCUGGAAAGAAAUAUAAAACUCAGAUGCUACAUAAUAAAAGAAAAGAAUCUUCCAUAUCAUCAGAUUUAGAAGUACCUGAGCCCAGCAGUUCAAGUCAUCAUGAAGAUAUGGAAAGCAUAAAUACAGAAAAUGAAUCUGAAUACCAGAAAAUAUCAUCAUAUCCUCAUUCAAAUGACAAUGUAACACCAAAGUUACAGGAUGUAGCAGAAUCACAGAAAAUGUCUGAAGAAAGUUUAGUUACAACAAAAACAACUGCAGAAUCCAGUCCUAUCCUACUUAAUGAACACGAACAUUUAUUCCAAGAACAAUCUAGUGUAGUUGAAAACUCUGAAAAAAAACCCCUAGCAUUACAUUUAGAAUCUUUUGAGUCUACUGAAUUGCAAACCCAGGCACCUCUUAAAAAUCAUGGUGGCUCUAAUCCUAACAAGCCUUUGUUACAUAUUCCCCAUUAUCAUGAUUCUGCACACAACAACAUAGAACAUGUACCUUCGCAAAGUGAGCAGGGCUUGGAAACACUCCAUUUAAAUGCUGUGAAACAUAGAGAUCUGAAUGGUAAAAGACACAUUGACAGGGAAGAUGCUCUUCCAACUGAAAACAUAAAUCAUAUAAAAAAAUUAACUACUUCUGAAAAAGCAAAAGAUAGUAAGGACAAAAGCAAAAAAGAUACUGAUGAUCAGAAAAAAACAGACUCCCAAAAUAUAAAUUAUAAAAAUGGUGUCAUGACAGCGGGGGGAGUGGUUAGUAUUUUUACAAAAACUUCACAUUUUCUUGGAAGUUUGUUUAGUAAAAAUAAUAAUGGAGACUUUAGAAUAAAUUCUGAACACAAAAGUCCUGUCCUAGACCCAAAUGAAAACAGGGAAGAUAUUAGGAUAAACCAGAUAAAGGUAGAAUUUAAUAACGUGCAAAGGAGAGAGGCUGAGUUAAAGGAAAACGAAUCUGAACAAGAGAAAGACACAAUUCAGACGGCAGAAGCUACAAAUAAUUUAAACAUAGAUAAUUUUAAAAUGCUAAAAGAUAGAUCUGAGGAAGGACAACUUGGCAUUCAGGAAAAAAAUAUUACAUCAGAAACAGGAACAAACAACAAGGAAACUGAUAAAACCAUAAUCUGGGAGACAGGGUCUAUGUCCCGGAAAACCAGGAAAGAAGGCCAAAGAUUAAUUGAAGGGGACACAGAUAUAUCCAACCCAUUCAUUGCGUACCAACAGCUUUAUUCAAAAUUGUCUCAGGAAGUGAAGCAACCUUUAAAGAGUCUAUGUGAAAAAAACAAACUCUUGGUGCUAGAGCAACAGUUUAAAAAAGUUCAGCAUGAUAUCACUACUUUUACAUGUGAAGACGGUUUCAUGCAGAAGAAACAAGUGACUGCUUCUGUGGAAGAGGAACAUAAUCUGGACAUUGACUAUGAGAAAUGUAUAAAGGAGAAAAUGAAUUUUCUUCCAGAAGUACAAGAUCUUCUGUCAGCCAUCAGAACGAAGUGUGAAGCCCAAAAUGCAGAAUCAGAUAUAUCCGAUGAGAGAAAAUUAUCAGACAAAGCUCCAAAAGAAGACCAUCACAUGCAUACAGCUUUGUAUAAAGAACGUAACAGUGGCCAACAUUCAAAAGCAAUAACAAUUGCUCCAGUGAAUGCUCAGGAGAAAAUGUACAAUUCAGCAAAAAAUGUUCAGUUAGAUGCUAAAAAACCUUUAUCACAGAUCUUUUUCCUGAUUCAAAACUACAUUCCCAAUAAUGCAGAAGACUGGAUAUAUCAGAUUCUCCUGCAUUUUGAUUGUCUUGACGUUGGUGACUUUGUAAAAUCUGUAUUUUCAGCAGUGGCAGCUGUUAGCAAAAAGGUUGUGACAGCGUUGCCUGAAGAUAUGAGACCUGGUCCUGAUCUUUAUGGUUUCCCAUGGGAAAUAGUGAUUUGUGCUGCAGUUGUUGGAGUUUUUACAGUCUUACUGUUUCUGUGUAGGAGUUAUCAAUCAUGGACAAAUCAAGUCAUUUAAGUGACACUGCCCAGCUAUUGCUGUCUGUUUAAAAAUUUCACCAUCAUGAAAUCUAAGGAAGAAUUUUUUUGCUUAGUACCAUUGGAAAGCUACACCACAGGAGAGAUCACUUUUGAAAAGGUAAAAGGCUUUUUUUUGGGGAGGCGGGGGGAAAUGGCUUAGAUUUGCAGAAAGUAAACUUGCUUGUUACAGAUUGAAGUCCCUCCAUGGCAGGGAAAGAGAAGGGCUUUUCUUUAUAGUUGGCAGUGAUACAUCUUUCAUUAAAUACACUUCACUGCAUCAUUCACCAGUCUGUCCUGUGCGGUAAGUUGUCUGGAGACUUGAAAAAAAUGAGUAUUGUGAUGAGAUUAGUGAACUACAUAUGCUCAACUUCUAGCUUGCAAAAUUCUUUUAAAGCUCUUUUACAAGACAUUUCAGCUGAAUACAGUCCUGUUGCCGCACAACGACAUUUGCUGGUUAAGUAGGGGCACAUAUUAGAGAGGUUUUGUGUGUUUCGAAAAGAAUUAAUAGAAAUUCUUUCAAACCACAAGACCAAUAAGCUUGAGUUCCUGGAAUUUAUGAAUGAUGUCCCCUCUAUGUCAUGGGUAGCUUUUCUGUGUGAUAUUACUGAUCACUUGAAUUUCCUCCAGGGAUCUGUUUGGAAAAAGUGUGUGCCUUUCAGAGGAAUCUUGAAAUCUUUGACAGGAAAGAUGUUGCACUUCCCCACAUUGUGUGUUGUUGCUACAUAUAAAACUUCAAUGAAAACGGUGCAAGAAUUCCUAAGCAAUCUGAUCAAAAAAUUUUAAAAUGCGAGUGGAGAAUUUUAAAAUUCCAGAGGAUUUGCUUUUAUUUGUUUGUGAUCCGUUUGUUGUCUCUGCCAAUGGACUGUGCCCUUUUGAAGCACGGAACAUUCUUGAUUCAGUUAACGAAACUGCCUUUCAAUUAGAAAUUGUAAGGCUCCAGAGCUCAGAUGUCUUGAAGGCAAAAUUCAGAGAAGUGGGACUUUGUGAUUUGUGGACUCAAUAUGCUGACCUGUUUCAGAAUUGUCAGAAUCUAGCCAUCUAUCUUUUAAUAGUGUUGGGAUCAACGUACCUCUGCAAAUCUGGGUUUUCUAUCAAGAACAUUAUAAGAGACCAACACCUCAGUCACCUGAUAGAUAAGCAUCUUCACAAGUGCAUGUGCCUUGCCCUGACCUACAAACCACUCUUCACAAAGCUUGCUAAAGAUUGUAACAAACACAGGUAAUCGUGUUGAUUUAUAAUCUUUGUUAAAUGGUAGAAACACUAAUACUUAUGUUGCAAUCAAAGUCUUUAUUGGCAGCUGAAGUGGUUUUAAUUUUGUCAGCCUUCUGCGCAAAUGGCCCACCUCUUGUAAUAAAAUUCUGAAAUUGGCCCACUCUAAUUGAGGAUCACUGGCCUAGGGUCUCUCAGCCAUGCAGGACAGCUAGGAUCAAGGAUAGAUAAGUUUAUCAACGUAAGGAUAUUUCUUCUUAAUGUAUGUGACAGUAUAGAUCCCACUGUAGGUGUCAGUGAACCUCUUGCAUUCAAGUCUCUCCUCCUCCCCUUUCUCCCUCCCCCCCUUUUUUUAACAAUAGUGUCUGUUUACACUGCAUACACCUUGUACUCCUGUACAAGGGCAUUAAGGGCUGAGUGACUGCAAUCCUCUCUGUUCCUUCUAAUCUGUGAAUGUCUAACCCACUAGGUUUCGCUGAACCUUCUCAAAAUCUUCUACAAACCUUCAGAACUCUUGAUAUUUCAACAUAUGAUAACUGCGAUUAGAAUUGACCCAUCUGGACUGAGUAUUGGCAGUUAGAGCCAACCUGUACAGAUCUCAGUACAGGGCUACUUAACAUGGCCUGAAGGUCUCAUCAGAUCCUGAGGAGACAAGCUACGUAGUAUUGCUAACAGACAAGCCAAUUUUAUUUAUUGCCCAAUCUAGCCACAAGUGAUGCCAAAGACCAGUGCAGAGAAAAGGGCACCGAGAAAAGACUCAUCACUGAUCUCAACACCUCCAGUACCCAAGUCCCAGGACUGAGAGAGGGCGCUCCAAACACGGAGUUGUGGACUCUGGGCAGAACUCGAUGUCAUUCCACAAGGACAGACUCAUACAUCUCCCAACCUGUCUGAACAUAUCAUCUCAGAACCAGGGUCAGAUGCAGUCAUUGCACUUGAUGUGUUGGAUGUCGGCUGACUGAGCACUGCUGGUAGAAACUGCCGCCUAUAGAUUCGGGAAGUCCUCAUACAAAGUGGGAAACCUUCCAUUAGGAAUACUUGCUCCUCAAAAUGGCAAAGACUUUUCAUAUGGACAGCCCAAUGUGAUCUAGACCCAGUAGAGGCCUUGAUAUUGAAGCUCCCUGACUACCUGCUGCACCUGAAAUAUGCUGGACUAGCAUUCAACUCUCUCUCAGGGUUCACUUUGCAGCAAUAUUGGUGUGUCAUGCUCUGGUACGCUCAUCUGGGAUCUCACAUUUGACAAUAUCCAAAUUUCCUCGGGGCCUCCUUCAUAUUUACUCUCUGGUUAGACUGACUCCCACGUGGGCCCUCAACAUUGUCCUCCUAAAACUCCUGGAGACUCAUAAGAACAUAAGAAUGGCCAUACAGGAUCACACCUAUGGUCCGUGUAGCCCAGUAUGCUGACCUCAAACAGUGGCCAGUGCCAGAUGCUUCUGAGGGAAUGAACAGAACAGGGUAAUUAUUGAGUGAUCCAUCCUCUGUCAUCCAGUCCCAGCUUCUGGCAGUCAAAGGUUUAGGGACACCUAGAGCACGGGGUUUCAUCCCUGACCAUCUUAGCUAAUGAUGGACUAUCCUCCAUGAACUUUGCUAAUUUUUUUUUUUUAAACCCAGUUAUGCUGUUGGCCUUCACCGCAUCCCCUAGCAGCGAGUUCCACAGGUUGACUCCUUUAGAACCACUGUCAUAUUGCUCAGUACACUUCUGUACCAUCAAAACGGUCUUUCUGGUUGCCAUCACCUGAGCAUAGGGAGUCAUUGAGCUCCAAGCCCUCAUGGCCACACCACCUUACUUGCGUUGCCACUUCUGAGGUACAAAAAUACAGGACAUCUGAGAUGAUCCUUCGCCCAUAAAACUGGACAGUUGGUAGUGUGUGUUGAGCACUCUUACAGAUUUCCCAGGACAGCUACCUGUGGGCGGAAAAAAGAAAAGCAACGAUCCUGGGAAAAUCUGGACAGGUGGCAACUCUAUACUUUGCACAUCCUCCCAUAUAGACAAGAUGGUACUGAGACCACACCCCAGUUCAUGCCUUAAGCAGUCUCGCAAUUCCAUCUGAAGAAUCAGUUACUUUGCCAUUAUUUUUUUCUGAAACCUCCCUCAACACCUGGAGAAAAAGCUACAUGCUCUCCCUCUGAAUGUCAAGGCAUACUCCACCAGGGAACUGGCAGCAUCUUCUGCCUGCCAGUCUCUGAGAUCUGCAAUAUAGAGCAAUCCACUGACUUUUGUUAAACAUGCUGUAGGCAUGGCAGCUGGGUCAGAUACCAAGUUCAGGAGCAGUACUUCAAUCACUGUUUGACUGAUACAAAUAAAACACCUCACUUCUAUUAUCUAAGGAUCAUAUUGCUCAUCAGUCACCUACAAUGGGUUCCACACUGAUGAAUACGCAAAAAAGAGAGAACAUUACUUCCCUAUAGUAACUCUUGUUCUUCACGAUGAACAUAGUCCGUGUGGAUCCCACAACCCACCUUCCACGCCUGCUUUUCAGAUUCCUUAGCCAUCACUGCUUUAAAUGGUGAGAGAAUUGGGGUGUGUGUGUGGUUUCCCCACCCUUUAUGGACUCGUAUGGGAGCGUGAGGAGGCACAGAACUUGUGCGCAGCCCCAACAGAUGCUGCUAUUCAAAAACACCUCCAGUUUCAUAUAUGUGAGAUGGAUGUGCACCUAUGGUGGGAUCCAUGCUGACUACAACAUCACAAAGAACCACAGUUACUGUAGAUUAAGUAAACAUUGUAAUGUUAAGUAAAAAAUGCAGAGAAGAUGAGGCUAAAAACUGAGUAGUGUUAUCCUUGCAAGCUGUGUAACAUUAUAGACAAAUUU